ACUGCGCUAGGUAGAGAACAAAACCAUCAUGUGAGCGACUUUAGUUGAGCGAUAACUAGCAAGCGAUAUGGAUGUGCGACGCUUAAUCGACGAAGUACGUUCGAGACCAGUUUUGUGGGAUAACAACCAUCCGAAAUACAAAUGCUAUUUUACAACUGCCAAGCAGUGGAAUGAAAUAGCGAGGAUCCUGAAUGUCAAUAAUUCCGAAGAAUGCAAGAGAAAAUGGAAGAAUAUCAGAGACACUUAUCGCACUUGUCUAAACAACGAAGAACGCCAAAAGGAGAAAUCUAAGGUUUUGGGGAUGAAUACCAAUUAUGCCAGUAACUGGACCUAUAUCAAGGAAAUGGACUUUCUCAAGGAUUUUGUUAGGUUACGAAAACAAGGUAAUAAACGGGUUUCGAAGGGCUUCAAAUCCAAAAACAACUCUCAAAAUUUCAACAUGGAGACGGACAACGGCAUGACCUAUGAUGGAAAUUAUUCUCUGGAGGACGAGUAUGAUGGAAUUAUCGAUUUGGACGAUAGCGAUAAUCUACAAGAAUUACUGGCAAUAAAGAAGGAAUUUGAGGAUACAACAACAACCCUGACAGAGGCAAACACCUCGAAAGAGACAAACACAACGGCAUAUAGUAACAUUGAGAAUUAUCUACCUAAUUUUGAAGAAACUAGAACAACAACAACCACGACUCCAGCUAACAACAAUAUUCAAAAUUGCCUGUCAACCUUGAAUUUACCGGCCUCAAUAAAAGUAAAAAUUGUUCCCAAAAAUUCCAAAGAGAGCCAAAAACCACCACCACCGCUCAGGGACAACAGAACUGAACAACCUCUCUCACGGCCACAAGAGCAGCAGCAGCAGCAACAACAACAACAACCGCAGAUACAGCAGCAACAGCGAAUUCAUUUUCUCAGAGAUUUGGAGAGAGAGGAAGAAAAACUCAUACAAUCCACACAAGAGGAUAUAAGGUCCACCAACACUCAUCUGGAUGCAGAGGAUCCUGAUCGAAAUUUUCUUUUGAGUUUUUUGCCGCACAUGAAGAAAAUGAAUGAUUUGCAAAAUUUAGAGUUUCGUUCGCAAAUGUCACAAAUGAUUUUGAAUGUUCUACUGCCACCAACAUCAACAAAUGCUACGACCACAAGCCAAACAGCCCUGCCUCCACUCACACCCAACCCACGCUUGGUGCGUGGUACAAAUAAUGUUACUGGUUAUAGGUAGGAUAACUUAUGAAAUAAACAAAGUGUUAGACUGAAUUAGAAUUAGAUAUUAGACAUAAAGAUAUUUGUAAAACCUAUUUAAAAAUGUAAAUAUGAAAUAAAUGAAUUAU